AUGGAGCACUUGGUUGAUGAAGUAACCACUGCCCAGGUUUUGAUUCCAUGUUUUCUUUGUCCAAACAAAGCUGAACUCAUCUGCAACACGUGUAAAUUCAAUUUAUGUGUUACUUGUGCUGGGCAGCAUGUAAUAUCUUUGCCUACUCAAAACCAUGACGUUAUCAAGUACUCUAUGAAAUAUAAAUUUUUCCCACAGCCAUGCUGUUCCAUUCAUUCUGAUCAGAGGUGUGAAAUUCAUUGUCAGCAAUGUAACCUUCCCAUUUGCAGUGAUUGCAUCGUAUCCAAAGCUCACUCUGAACACGAAUUGAGCAAGAUAAAUGAAGUUUAUGCUGUUAAGGAGAAAACCAUUUACAAUGAAAUAGAAUUUCUAAAAUGCAUAAUAGCUCCAGAAGUGAGAAAUAUCGUUGAACAGAUACAAAAAGACAUUUUGGAACUGCCAAAAAACAGCAUCAAAUUGAAAUCAAAUGUAACCAAGCAUGGAGAGGAACUACAUAGAACUGUGGAAUGCGCCAUCAAAAAGCAACUUGAAAAUAUUGAUGCUGCAGAAAAACAAGAUUUGGAUAACCUCAAGAACAAUUUGUCUGAGUUUCAAAAACUUCUGGAUAAUAUUCAUGAAAUCAUAAAGAAAAACGAAGAGAUAAUUGCAACAAGGACUGAUCAAAUAUUUACUUUUGAAUCGCAGCUGGAAGUAAUGUCACAAAUUCCCCAGAGACUAUACAUUUCAUUCGCCCAGUUCCAGCCGGCAUCAGCACCUAUGAAUGAGGUCUGCAAAUUAAUGGGGAAUCUUCAAUCGUCGACUUUAAAAUACACGACAGAAAUCGAUUGGGCUAGCAAAUUACAUUUUUAUAACAAUUUCCUUGCAACACCCUCUGUCACCACCGACAUAGAUACAGAAUGCUGCCCUCUGUACCGAAUCAGUUGUUUGAAAAACGAGAAGGCUUGGAUAAAUGGAAAUGAUGACACACUGAGAGAAAUUAACCCCACGGGAUUAGUGCUUAGAAAAGUGACUGCACAAGGGAGUAUUCCAUUUGGUUUGGCAACUACCAGAACAGGGGAACUUCUUUACACAGAUUAUAGCGAGAAAAGCGUCAAGAUGUUAAACGAUGGAAAAUUAAGGACCCUCAUUAGGUGCGUCUGGAUACCAUCUGGUAUAUGUGUAUCCUCCUCAGGAGAUAAAUUUGUCGCAUUAUGCAAUGAUAGAAUUUCAAAUCUACAAUUCAUUGUCAUGCAGUAUUCUGGUGGCAUCAUUAAACAUACAUUCCAAUUUGACGAACAGAAACAGAAUCUUUUUGCAACCGAGGGGCCUUACAAAUGCCUUCAAAUUGCACUUAACAAAAAUGGAGAUAUCUGCAUUGUAGACUGGAAUGGUGCAGCAGUGAUCAUCUUAAAUCAGAAAGGGUGUCUCAAGACAAAAUAUUGCUGCAAAACAAACCCGAAACUUCCGGAGAGCUUUGCACCACGUUAUAUCGCAACGGACAGUCAUAAUCAUAUUUUGGUGUCAGAUACAAAAAACAAUUGUAUUCACAUCUUAGACUCUGAGGGUGUCCCUCUUACCGUACUAAAGUGUGGUCUUGUUCGUCCCUGUGGAAUUAGCAUUGAUAGUGACAACCACCUCUGGGUUGCUGAGCAGGCUGGAAAAGUGAAAAUCAUCAAGUUCUUGAAGUAG